CUACUCCUACUACUCCUCCUGUGAGUGACUGAUAUAAGAUCGGCUCUAGGACCCGGGAGAGCGGGGUGCCACAGAGGCAUUGCAGACAGCGCGUUUGGGAGGUGUAGUGGAAGAAAGGCAAGAGAAGCGGAGUAAAUGAGAACACUUCUGUCCACAUUGUUGAAGGACUUAUCAACUCAAAAUACCACCGAAACAACUCACUAUAAUGAGACGGACACACUGUUGAGUUUCUAUCCAGGUAAAUGUCCGCGUUUCCUUCGCAUGGUUAACUACAAGAGGUCGACAGCUAGACAGGGUUACCACCAUUGACAAGGCACCUUUAAACCCCGGGACCCCAUCUCCUGGCUUCUGCACAGGGCUGAGUGAAGGAAUCAAAGUUGUGCCUUUCCCUGUGGGAAACCUGGAUCCCCUAUUCUGCCCACCAACAUGACCAAUGUGGUGAUAGUCAAGGAGGGAUGGCUGCAUAAAAGAGGAGAAUACAUCAAGACCUGGAGGCCGAGGUAUUUUCUCCUGAAGAGUGAUGGUACAUUCAUUGGCUACAAAGAGCGACCACAAGAUGUUGACCAGCUGGAAACCCCCUUAAAUAACUUCUCUGUAGCACAGUGCCAGCUGAUGAAGACGGAGCGGCCCAAGCCCAACACAUUUAUCAUCCGCUGCCUGCAGUGGACCACUGUCAUCGAGCGCACCUUCCACGUGGAGACCCCCGAGGAGAGAGAAGAAUGGACCAAAGCCAUCCAGGCAGUGGCUGAAGGCCUCCAGAAACAAGAGGUGGAGAUGAUGGAUUCCUCUCCAGACCCCAUGGACAUGGAGGUCUACUUGACCAAACCCAGACAAAAAGUGACUAUGCACGACUUUGAAUACCUCAAACUCCUGGGAAAAGGCACUUUUGGCAAAGUUAUUCUGGUAAAGGAGAAGGCCACAGGACGCUACUAUGCCAUGAAGAUCCUAAAGAAGGAGGUGAUCGUAGCAAAAGAUGAAGUGGCACACACACUCACAGAGAACAGAGUCCUCCAGAAUUCAAAGCAUCCAUUCUUGACCGGACUGAAAUACUCCUUCCAGACACAUGACCGCCUAUGCUUUGUCAUGGAGUAUGCGAAUGGUGGCGAGCUUUUCUUCCAUCUGUCAAGAGACCGGGUAUUUUCAGAGGAGCGGGCUCGGUUCUAUGGUGCAGAGAUUGUGUCGGCACUGGACUACCUGCAUGCUGAGAGAAAUGUGGUUUAUCGAGAUCUAAAGUUGGAAAACCUCAUGCUGGACAAAGAUGGGCAUAUAAAGAUCACAGACUUUGGCCUGUGUAAGGAGGGGAUCAAAGAUGGCGCUACCAUGAAAACUUUCUGUGGGACGCCAGAGUACCUUGCACCUGAGGUACUUGAAGACAAUGACUAUGGUCGUGCUGUAGACUGGUGGGGGCUCGGGGUGGUGAUGUAUGAGAUGAUGUGUGGCAGACUUCCCUUCUACAACCAGGACCACGAGAAGCUGUUCGAGCUCAUCCUCAUGGAAGACAUCCGCUUUCCUCGGACUCUCGGCCCCGAAGCUCGUUCACUGCUCUCAGGUCUUCUGAAGAAAGACCCAAUGCAAAGGUUAGGUGGAGGCCCCGAUGAUGCCAAGGAAAUCAUGCAGCACAAGUUCUUUGCCGGCAUUGAAUGGCAAGAUGUUUAUGAGAAGAAACUGGUCCCGCCGUUUAAGCCCCAAGUUACCUCGGAGACGGAUACAAGAUAUUUUGACGAGGAGUUCACAGGACAAACCAUCACUAUUACACCACCCGGACAAGAUGACAGUAUGGAGUCUUUUGAUAGCGAGCGGAGACCCCACUUCCCCCAGUUCUCCUACUCUGCCAGUGGGACGGCCUAAACGACUCUCAAACAUUCCUCUGGUCCCACCAACUCCCCUUUCUCCCCCCGACUGCACUCUCAGAAAUCCCAAUGCCUCGGCCGCGUCUUCCCAGCAUCGUCUGCAGAAGCGGCUGUUGGAUGUAACGGUCACAAUCGUGCCAGUUGUGACCUAUUGUGUUUUACAGGAGGGAGGAAACGCAAGACAAAGCAAAGAUAAAUGUACUCCUUCUAUGUGGCCUUUGAAGACUGACCAUGGAGAUAACACUACCUUGCAUUUCCUGGUUGUUAUGUUGUAUACUGAGCAGGUUUUCAUACGCCAUAAUGAAUGAGGAAAUGUAGUUAUGUCAUGCACAGAUUAGGCUACGACUAGAAAAUGUAUGAAAUUUGAAAGGGGUCAUUUAUAUCGAACAUAUACAGUGAAAUAUCAACCAUUUCAAAUAGAAAAUAGGCAUGCUGUGGACCAAAAACACCAUGUGAGCAAAGAGUGUGUCGUUUGAUGAAUCCAUGUUUUCCCAAGUCCAUUGAGACGUUUUUGGCAUCAGAAGUGAAUGUACCACAUCAAAUAAAAUUAAUCUUCCUGCAUACUGUGCUGUAACAGAUGGCUGAAUCACCGAAGACUGAAAUGAAAUCUUCUGAAAAGGGUUUUUAUCACUUUCUACCACCCUGAUGCGAAACUGACACCAGUCAGUCUGUUGUAUUGUCAUGCCACACCACAAUGGGUCUAAUAAAUCAUUUGUGCAAUACAGUCUGAUGUGAGGCAUGGCAGACAUGCAAAGAACGCAGCACGAGUAAUCAUUUAGGCAUUAAGAUGGCCUACAGUUGAGUCUUUUUGUAACUGUUUGCACAUCACUGAGAGACCCACUGUUUCCUGUUCAGGCUAAUAAAUAGCUUCCCCAGAUCCCCCUGAAGUAAGUGCUUAUAGUUCCUGAUGCCUUUUUCAUCUGAAUGCUGUGCUGCAAACAACUCCUGCUUUUCCUCUGACUGGGUCACUCAGUACCGACCUCUCAGAAACUUUUUUCCUCUCUGGGUUUUUCCUGCAUAUACAGUACACUAUUGGGUGUUUUCCACCCAGUGCAUAUGUUGCAGCCUCAAUGAGGUCACUUUAACAGAAUACACUUCUUUAGGAAUACUUCGCAAACAAACUGGGCUUCAGGGGAAAAUGUAGUCAUCUUUUGAUUUGCAACUUUAGGGGACAUUUAUCCCUUCAUGUGCUUCUGGGUUAUUUAUAUGAGACCAGCAUGGGUUAAAAUAAGUUUUACUGUGCCAAUGAUAUGCACUUUGCUGCCCCAAAAUGAUUGUAUUUGGACCCCUAUUUGUAUUUAAUGGUUGGUAAAGACUAAAUUAGCUUCUUUUAUAAUAUAAAAACAAGUCUUGGGAAUACAAAUGAAACAAUAUUAGCUUGUUUAAAUGAUUUGUUCCCUUUUAAAGACAGCUGAGGCUAAACUGAGACUCGUUGGAAGUGAAACUUCUUUCAGAGUUUCUUAAAGCACUCCAGUAUUUUUACAAUGACAGAUAAUCAUUUUUUCAAAAGUGCAUAAAACGUCAUUGAAUGUAAUGGUUUUUACAGUGUUCGUCUUUUCUUAAAUCGUUUUCAAACCUUUGUUCACUUUUUGACUGUUACUUAUUCCUAUGCACCCCACCCCCCUCCAUUGCUGUCACCUUUUGAAAAUAGGGAAUGUUCAUUUUAUAUUUUUUAUUUCAACUUUUUUGUACCUGCCCCUCCUGUAUUCCUGAGACUGAGGACACCAGCUUUAGUAAACAAAUAAUAUAAACUUUGUACACUGUUUUUACUUGUUUCUUUCAAAUUGAUGAAAUAAAAGGUCUUAACAAUU